AGAAAAGCAAAAUCACGUUUCAUUUGCAGCAACGCGUACUUUAACGCGAUUUUACAGUGUAUCGACGUGGGUUCAAUUCGAAAGCAGUUCGCAUAGCCCCUCCCAUGGUUUGAAAUCCAGUUCCGAAAAUAUCAAACCCUGUGUUCUUCCUUCUUCUUGUAUUCCACCAUUUCUCUUUUCACACAAUGAACAGGGUGAUGAAGAAGACUAUUUCAAGCGUCUGCGCCCUCAAAAUUCCAAGAAAGUAUUUUUGUACUGAGGGUGUGAAAGUUGCUGGUUCCGCUAUUGGAGAGGCGUCCAAUGAGCAUGAGAAGAAGCACACUGUUAGCAAAAUUAUUCCACAGUAUGAUAUUGCUAUUGUUGGAGGAGGGAUGGUUGGCAUGGCUCUUGCUUGUUUCUUAGGUGGGUAAUCUGCAUGGAGAUGGGUGUGUCUAAGUCAUGUUUUUUGUAGAUUCUGUUAGAAAUAUGCAGUCGAGUGUUUUGUUAUCGGACAAUAACUAGGAGCAGGUGAAUUGGUUUUACAUUAA